CAUUAUACUCAGUCAACAUAUUGGCGAAAAUCAAGAAAACAGGAUGAUAUCGAAAACGAUCCUCUAUGGUCUUGUCCUUACCAGCAGCGCACCGGCAGCUUUGGGUCACUGGACCUACAGUCGACUAAUUGUGAACAAUGAAGUCGUUGGAGAGCCCUGGCAGUAUAUCCGCCAGCAUAAUAACUCAAAUGCGCCAUUGACGAAUGUGAACUCAAUUAACUUCCGGUGUAACGUGGAUGCCAAACCAGCCGAGACUCACACGGUGCGCGCCGGCGACAAGGUCGGUUUCAGGAUCAACAAACACUUCGGCCACCCAGGAAUCCAACAGGUAUAUCUAUCUAGAGCACCUGAAGGUAUCACGGCCGCUGAUUACGAUGGGUCUGGGGGUUGGGCCAGGGUCUACUCGCUCACAUCGUCGCCAACCAAUUCCACCAAUUCCUCUUCUACUAAUGACGAUAAGAUUCUCACGUGGGCCACGCACAACAUCGAGACUUUCCGGUUCGCGCUGCCGACUUCGACUCCGCCAGGCGAGUAUCUCCUCCGAGCCGAGGGAUUGGCCUUACACGCGGCGCACAAAUGGGCGCAAGCCCAAUUCUACGUGUCGUGCGCACAGAUCAAAGUCGUUGCGGGGGAGGAAGAUGUGACUAAGACGGGCGCGGACGUAAGGGAGGAGGAUCUUGGUCCGCUAGUCAAGAUCCCCGGUAUGUACAGGGGGGAUGAGCCGGGGAUACUGAUCCCGGUAUUCUGGUCUUCCUUGACGAAUUACACGGCUCCUGGGCCGGCUUUAUGGCCGGAGGGUACCCAGGAACAGCAUAUUGUUGAGCAGCUUUAGGGUUUAUUUCCUCUAUUAAACGAUAUGAGGGUAGCCGAGUUGUAAAUAUAGGGAUAGGAUGG